ACGCGUUUUCUCAUCCGGUGUCUUUGAAAGCCUCUUCAAUUCUAUUUGAUAUUUUUUUUUUAUUAAAAUUUAAAAUGAUACGUCACAGCCACAUCCAUAGGCCACCACCAAAGGCACCAUUUUCUCUUUCUUUCUUCUGUCUUUCUUCAAUAUUCAACUGCUUCCACCCACCUGGUAAGCCCCCCCCAACCCAAACCUCCACCUUGUCUCAUCUUUCAUACCCCUUCAGAUUAAGAUCCAUCUCUGCAAUAAUCCUCUUUCAUUUCACGCUUCUAUUUCAUGUGCAAUUUUUGAUUUCCCGUCAGCUUGAUUUCUUCCUUAGAUUCUACUCUUGUUUUCUUUUCUUUUUACAUGGUUUCGGAUUGAAUUGUUUGAGGCUACUCUGCAUACUCUUUUUCUUUCAUUUCAUUUCCUCUUCUACUUCUUGUUUAGUUUGAUCAGUGAUUUUGACUUUUGUGUUGGAGUUUUCGUCUCAAUUAAGUUUGGUUUUUCUUUCUUAGUUGGACUGUUGUUUGGCAGCUGUUUUCUUCCCUUUUUCUUUGCGUAAUAAUAAAGCCUUUGAUUUAUGUUUUUGAUGGAAAGAAUCUGAAAAUAUUGGUGAGAAUCACUUGAGUUUCUUUGUUGUUUCUUUGUUGUUUUUUUGUUGGUUUUUAAACUUAAUUCUAGUUUCAUUACCGAUUACAGCUCAUUUAGUUGGCUAAUUUGAGCUUUCAAUCCGCCGUUCCCACUGAGUUCUGGAUAGAAAUGAGGGGUUGACUUUCAUAUUGGGCUUCCGAUCUGAAGAUAGAUCCUCCAUGUUGGCUUAGCACAAGUAACUAGAUUAGAUCUUAAUGUUGAAAUAAAGCAAGUUUUUAGAAGCAGUGAAGCUUGUAAUCAGAUGGGUAAUACUUGUGUUGGUCCAAGCAUCUCCAAGAAUGGUUUCUUCCAAUCUGUGUCGGCUGCAAUGUGGCGGAGCCGUGCACCGGAAGGCUCGGCUUCUUACACGAAUGGAGAAACUAUGGAUGAGCCACAGGCUACAACUAAAGAACCCGGAUCACCAUUGCCAGUCCAAAACAAACCCCCAGAGCAAAUGACAAUCCCCAAGGAGGAGCAGCCUACAAAACCCAAGAAGCCCCAUCAAAUUAAGAGGGUGUCGAGUGCAGGGCUUAGGAUAGAAUCUGUGUUGCAAACAAAAACCGGAAACUUUAAGGAAUUUUUUAUUCUGGGGAGGAAGCUUGGACAAGGGCAAUUUGGGACUACAUUUCUUUGUGUGCAGAAAGCUACCAGGAAAGAGUAUGCGUGUAAAUCAAUUGCGAAAAGGAAAUUGUUAACAGAUGAGGACGUGGAGGAUGUCAGAAGGGAAAUUCAGAUAAUGCACCACCUGGCAGGGCAUCCAAAUGUCAUAUCUAUCGAGGGAGCUUAUGAGGAUGCUGUGGCAGUUCAUGUUGUCAUGGAACUAUGCAAAGGUGGGGAGCUAUUUGAUAGGAUUAUUCAGCACGGCCAUUACACUGAAAGAAAGGCAGCUGAGCUUACUAGGACUAUAGUUGGGGUUGUGGAGGCUUGUCAUUCUCUAGGGGUCAUGCAUCGAGACCUUAAGCCUGAGAACUUUCUUUUAGUCAAUGAGGAGGAGGAUUCACUUCUCAAAACAAUUGACUUUGGAUUAUCAGUUUUCUUCAAGCCAGGGGAAAAAUUUACUGAUGUGGUUGGCAGCCCAUACUAUGUCGCACCAGAAGUUCUGAGAAAGCGUUAUGGUCCAGAAGCAGAUGUUUGGAGUGCUGGGGUGAUCCUAUACAUUUUAUUGAGUGGAGUGCCUCCCUUUUGGGCCGAAACCGAGCAAGGUAUAUUUGAACAGGUCUUGCAUGGUGAUCUUGACUUUUCAUCAGACCCUUGGCCGAGUAUCUCAGAAAGUGCCAAAGAUUUAGUAAGGAGAAUGCUUGUUCGAGACCCUAGACGGCGGUUGACUGCACAUGAAGUUUUGUGUCACCCUUGGGUUCAGGUUGAUGGUGUAGCUCCUGACAAGCCUCUUGAUUCGGCAGUUUUAAGUCGCUUGAAACAAUUUUCAGCAAUGAACAAGCUCAAGAAGAUGGCUCUUAUUGUCAUUGCAGAGAACCUAUCAGAAGAAGAAAUAGCUGGCUUAAAAGAAAUGUUCAAGAUGAUAGAUACAGACAACAGUGGCCAAAUCACUUUUGAAGAACUCAAGGCUGGAUUAAAAAGAGUUGGUGCUAAUCUUAAAGAGUCUGAAAUUUAUGAUUUAAUGCAUGCAGCUGAUGUUGAUAACAAUGGAACCAUUGAUUAUGGGGAGUUCAUAGCUGCCACACUACAUCUAAACAAAGUUGAGAGAGAAGAUCAUUUAUUUGCAGCUUUUUCCUACUUUGAUAAGGAUGGAAGUGGCUACAUAACCCCAGAUGAGCUUCAACAAGCCUGCGAAGAGUUUGGCUUAGAGGAUGUCCGCCUGGAAGAAAUGAUCCGAGAAGUUGAUCAGGACAAUGAUGGACGCAUAGAUUACAAUGAGUUUGUGGCCAUGAUGCAAAAGGGAAAUCCAGGCAUUGGGAAGAAGGGCCUGCAAACCAGUUUCAGUAUGGGGUUUAGAGAGGCGUUAAAACAUUAGUUGGUGAGUAGUUGAUUACGAGGUUCUUGUUUUCUUUUUUUCUUCUUUAUCCCCUCUUUAUUUAUUUGUUCAUUUUCACUUUUCAUUUUGACUUUGUUGAGUUGAAGAUUGUAUGUAUAGUAAAGAGCAAAGGUGCUUAAUCUAAGAAGCAACCCAACUCUUCCUUGAAUUCAUUCAGGUUCCCAUUUGAAAUGGAUUUUGAAAGGUCUACUA